GUAUAACAAGAAACGUCAUCCAAUGUGAGCCCCUGAAGUCGGGGUCCGCCAGGGUCCACGUCUAUUUGAUAUUUGAACAAUUACUGUUUAACAAUUAAGAAUGUUGCGAUCAACGAUGAUGGUCAGUGCGUCGAUGACCAACAAUUCUCUCGGUAUACUGAGUGUAUUGCCUAAUCCCAUUUGUGUACAAAGUGUUCGUUGGUGGCGAAAACCGCGGUGGGUGCCCAUGGCCAAGAGUAAAAUAUUCAGGAUACCGGAGAGACCAAAAAUACCCGUUGAUGAGCAGCUUGAAUUAAAAAGACUUCAUGACAUCUAUAAAACUCACGUCAGAUCCAUACGGCGGCAUAUAAGAGAUAUGAUAGGAUCAUCUGUGGUAAAGCUUGAUGAGGAAUUGCAUCUAAAAGAAGAGCAAGAAGAUUUUGAGCGCUGCUGGAAGAUAAACGAGGAUUGGAAUGCAGCUAGAGCAAAGGAAAGAGAGGUACGAUUAGCCGAAGAAUGGAAAAUCCGCAGUGAACAGAUACUCGAAACAAUGGUUAUUAAAGACCAGUAUCGGAAAGACAAGCUUGAAACAAUUGAGGAAAAAGUGAAACAGCUUAAAGAAGCAUCCAAGCACUUCAUAACAGCGGAUAACAUAGAUCAAGCUAUAGAAGAUGCUCUAGACAAUCCCGUCAAUUAUAAUUGGGCAAUGGAUUCUGCUGGCACUAUUUAUCGUGGAAAAUAUAUCAAACCAGAGUUUGAAAUUAAAGACAAGCAAUUAAGACAUCAGCAGCGUAAUUAAUAAGGCAAAUUAUUGUAGAUUGUUUUAAUAUGAAGUUAAUGAUAGCAUUCGUAUUUUCUGUAUCAAUGAUAAACGAAUACUUUACACAAAGA